GAGGAUUCCUUCGAUCAGCCGAGGACCAGAGGUUGUCAUUUAUGAUCGUUUCCUCUUAUCAACUGACUUUUUUAGUCCAUAAUCAAUGUGUAACACUACAGAUUUCGGUCAAUUUUAACAUCGCGUCUUUCAUUUUGUGAUAGGUUUGAGUAUUGAAUACUAACAGAUUGACCAAGAUCAUUUCAGGUAUGUAUACGCACAGGCAGGUUGUAUACGCACGCAGGCUGUUUUAUCGGUCGUGUAUACCGUUUAUAUCUUCAUGCGCAGUAAUUAUGAAGUAAGUAAUUAAAAACUCUGCCAUAUUUCGAAGGAUUUCUAUUUUUAGUUGGAAUGUAAAGCACUUCACGAUCAGUCUAAGUCAAGUUAGUUUGCCGUGUGAUUUGGCUUUUUCAGUCCACAGUUACUCUGAAAGUAGAAAAUUGAAAAAAAAAAAAAAGAGUUAAAACAGUGAAUUCUUAAUAUUUCGCCUUUCUUUUACAUUCCAUAGUGUGUUUGAUCAUAUGGAAUAGAGCUAUCAAACUGACGAGUAUUUUCUUCCUGAAUGACCAUCAACUUUGACGCAACUGUUUACUCUCUAUUUUUUAUAAGGAAUAGUUGUAUAACUCAGAAGUACGCUCCUUUUAAAGAAGAAAAAUUCAUUCAAUAGUGCUCGAUGGCCGAGGUUUUUAGUUUGAAGUCUUUAGCUGAUGUUCACCCGAUGCGCACAUAUAAUAAUACCAUACUGACAAAAAUAAUUGGUUCCAUUAUUUUCUCUUGCACCAUGCAUAAUUCCAUAAUUUUGCACAGUAAAAGGCCAAUGAAUUGAAAUCGGCGAGGAUGCUCUAUGAAUUUCUACAAAAAACACGACCUUGAUACUCUUCUUAAACAUUUUUAAGUUCAAACAUCAAAAUAAUCCUCCCUUGUUUUUGCUUAUCAUUAAAAUGAAAUACGACUAAUUUAAAGAGUUACUAUGGAAUAGUUCCACUUCUCACAAGCAUGAUACUUCUAAACAAUGAACCAUGAAAAACAGGACUAUUAUUUAGUAUCCCCACUGUGAAGUCUUCGCCCCAUUCGGUGCCGACAUGCCAAAUUUCAAAAUUGUACCGUGGAGGAAAAUUCUAAAGAAUGAAAUUACCAAGGCUAAUCCAUUGUUCUGCUAAUUGCUGCUGGGAUAAACAAGCGGGGCAAACUACUAUUGGCACUGCUUUGAAUUGUGCCGCUUUUAAAACACCAACUUACGGACCGACCCUUAACCGAUAAAUAAUAUAUUUUUUUUUUUUUGAAACUUAACGAAAUUCUUUCUGAAAGAACCCGAAUGAUUAGGGCUGUAAAUACGGCAAGAUCUUCUAUAAAUUGAACAAUUUUUUGAGCGAGUAAAUGGUAGUUAAAAUAGAGGUGAUGCAAAUUAAAGCGAGAUGCUACACCGAAACAUUUUCAUUUGCGUAAUGAUAAGGGUGGCUUAAAAGGCUUCCAAACAAACUUUGAAACUUUAUUUUUACGAGUACCUGUCACAAUCUGACACCUGUCAAUUAGAGAGCGCGGAAAAAAAAAAGAGCAUGUACACUUGAAAAACAACGAAACUAGUUUGACACGGACUGUCACGACAAUGUUUUCUUCAAAAACAGUCAAUGAUCUUACGGAAAGUAUUAUUCACUCUCAUCGAGGAUUAAUUAAUGUAAGAAGAUUUACCCUCUGUUCAUUAAGUAAAUGGCGAGGGAAGUAAUUGUAAGUAAAUACAAUUUUUUAUUUUGAAGUUGUGAGAGUUUGCUCGCUUGUUUGCUGCAAUGGCGUAUGUAAAUCUGGUCUUUCCUCCACAAAAACUAAUUCGAAUGGUACACUCCAACGAGACACAGGGGGAUUUAAUGCGGCCUUUUCUCAUUGAAUUCCUGCAUUUUCUGUUGUGCAAUUUACGGUACAAAUGUCCAAAUUGAACGGACAUGGAAAGACUCCCCGAGAGCGUAUAUUUGUUGUAGAACUGAAAUUAGAUUCAACUGUAACCAAAUAACUCACGUUUUAACUUUCUAGGUACUUUUUGUGAACGAUUAAAAUUAAUUGCAGACGGUUUUUAGGCCGUUUGUCAACCAACGUAAUGACACUAUUGCUUAUACAAAUUCAUUCUGAAAGCAAAAUUUUUCCGUCAACCAAAGUGACUUGAGAGAGAGAAAAGAGAGGAUUAAUAAGUUAUUUGUCGGCUUGAGGUAGUGACCGACGUCUAUGCUUAAAAAUACUGCCCAGCCGGAAAAAGGAGAUAUAUUUGUGAAAAAUGGUAACGAAAGUAAGGAUGUACUCGACGACUCGCGAAAGCGUUACCGUUGCCCGUGGGCAGAGAUAGGUAAAUACGGACCAUGUAAAGAGCCAAUCAGAUUGCAGGAUUCGUUGCCCUCUGAAAUAAAAAAAAAAUUCUUAUCUUUAAAUGGCUUAUUUACCCACAUAAUUAUCCAAUAGCCUCUUAUAAAACUGUUUUAAGUCCACUUACAUAAGUAUCAAGUUCGGGAAAAAGUAAAAAAAAAAGAAAAAAAAAGUGAGGAUCCUUUAAAAAAAAGAAUUUAAAAAAAAUAAAAGAAGGCUCAAAAACUGAAAGAGAGAGGAUGAGAGUCAUUCAAAAAAGUUAAUUGCACGAUCUGAGAAUGACACAGGCGGCUGUUACUGGGAUUAAAGCUCCCAGGGAUUAUAAGCUCCCACGGAUUAAAAGUAUUGUCCCAUGCCUUACCCCUGGAAAGCAAGUGACAAAAAAUAAAAUUGGUAAAUAUCGUGUUUUCCAACCGUCACUAUACUGUCAAAAUACUCUAAGACACCCUACCGAGUAAGCUGCAUUUUUACCUUCAUUUUACCCAGCGGAAAUGUCUACCCGACGAAUAUCUGCAUUUCUGGUUUUCCUGUUGUUGGUUACUCUGAUGAAAGAGGCAAAACCUGUACUUGGAGGGAAAGGAGGAGGAAAAUUUUCGAAGCUAUCGAACAGGGUGAAGGAACUGGAGGAGAGCAUGGAGGAACUAGGAGAAUGCAAAGAAGGUAAAAUUUAACAAUGAAUACCUAUUAAUAAACUUGUGACCCUCUGUAUUUGAAAAAAAAAACCCUCUGAAAGAAAUUGCGACUAAGAUGGUUUUCUUCAGGCUUUUCACGACAACACAGAUUUAGAAAUAAAAUUAGGUAAAAAAAAACUGUUCUUCCUAAUUAGGACAAAAUUGACAAUGAAUUAGCUGUGUAAUUUUACUUCUCGGCGGCUUAUUGAAAAUUGAAAAUAAGUUUUCCAUUUAGUUGCUCCUACAUUUAAAGCGUAACUUCACUAAAGCGAUUCAUGGAUCAUUGUCGUAAUUUAUUUUCAGCUUGCUCGAUGAUCUCUGAACUAAAAGAGCGGCUUACUGCUGUAGAGGGAGAGAUUGAAGAGCUGAAGAAAGAACCGCCGACAAACCCCCCAACAAACCCCCCUCCACUGGCUCCAGGUACAUUUCUAGUAGAUUCCGAACUACGUUUCAAAAAUUCCAUGAUGACUCGAACCCUCGCUAACUCGAAUGCUUCAUUAACUUGAACCAAAAUUAAACUCUAGGACUUUUGUCAUUCAUUUGAUGACUUUUUUUACCCCCUGUAACUCGUGCAUCCUUGUUAACUAAAGUUGAGCUUCCAACUAACUCCAAAUAAUUUUCGUUCCCCUUCGGAACAUUUUUUUUAAGUCAAUACCUCAAACCAUGUUGUCUUUUUAUAUUUUUAUAUCUAUAUUUUUGGCUAUCUUAAAUUACCCAGAACAACUAUUGGCCCAAGGCAGGUUCCGCUGGUCUUCUCCCUCCCCAUUUUUAUCAAUUUGAGCCUUCGCAGGUCAUCACAGAUCCUCAUAGAGGCAUCUCCAUCCUCAACCAACAAAAUUCUUGUCAAUACUCGACGGUUACCACGAAUUCCAGAUUGUUUUUCUCCACCUAGACAUGAUUGAUAAGUGUCUAAAUAUCCAAUCAAAUUGCUGAAAAACGUCUCCGCUCGUCACGAAUUUUUGCGGACUCAAAUAUAAAACCAUAGUGACAUUAUGAUAACAUUGGAAAAAAUUGUUAAGCGACGCUGUUUUUUGCCCAAGUUUAAAUAAUUCAGGUAGCAAGAUUAUGCUUUUAAUUUCUCUACCAACGGUCCUUUGACAGGGGCACAAAAAAUGUUUUCAUUCACAAAAAUGUAUUUAUCUUUUGCACGUUGAGCCUCCAUGAUGUUGAUAUGCGUGCUGAGUGGUCUUCAGCCUUUUAACUAAAAAGUGGAUAUUACAGGUUUUUUUUUAAAAAAAAUUCCCGCUAUUUUAAUAAAUGUACACUGUUGCUAUGGAUCGACAAGUGAGUCUGGAACACGCGCAGACCUUUUUCAGCUUUGUUUUUGCCAUAUUGCAAAAUAGAGUGUGAAGGCUACAAAGUUCUGGACAGCGCUGACAGGAAGAAUACCUACGGUAUGGGCAAUGCAGCAUGUGACAACAACAUGGAAGAAGCGUGGUACCGCUUCACCGGAGCCGCAGGCUCAAAGAUGCCAGAGUCAUCACCGAAUAAAAACAUGUGUGGCACGCAUGCACCGGGGUGGCUGAAUGGACAACAUCCAUCCGUUGCUGAGGGAAAGGUGAACUGAUCACAUUUCUUACAACAAAAAUUUUUUUUCUGGGUAAUUCAUAUAAAUGAACAUUAGCCUCUGUUUGGCGCGAAAUUAUUCUCGGAUAUUUUGCCAUGGACAUUAUUUGUUCCGAGAAGCGAAUGAUUUUCGAAGAGCGAAGCUUUAAGAAAGCUUUGGACAUCGGAUAACAGAUGAUGCCGAAGGACAUAUAAGUCCAUUCAUUUAUAAGCCAAAUGAAUGCAUUUAUUCUCUCUUUCUCUUUUUUCUUUAUUGCUGUGCGCCGAACAAAACGAUCACAUUGAAAACAGAUGGUGACUUUCCACCGCGACUUCAAUAACAAUCAAAUUAUUCCUUUCACAAACAAAUUUAUCCUUAAACACUCUCCAACUAAAAUCAACUCUUAAAGGAAGACUUUCAUCGCAUUGUAAGCAAUGCUUCAAAAUUAGAGAAUAUCACCGGGGGAAGGGCAUAUUCGACCACGCGCCACAUUUGAACCAAUCGCGUGUCAGCGAAAACGUUUGUCAGUACAGAUAUUUACCGAAGAAAGUUCGCAACACACAACUUCCUCAAAGGCAAAAAUAAAAUUUUACAUAAGGGCUGCUAAACAGAGCUCCUCUUCGUACAUUUCUGUACCAGUGAGAACACAGGCUUUAUGACGUUAUGGGAGAAAAAAAACUUGAGUGUUUUCAAUCGGCUUCUAUGUAAAAAUUUUUUUUUACUUAUUAUGACACAGCAUAACACAUAUCCUAAUUCUAACAUAAGACUAUAUUUGUGAUGAGUAUACAUUUAUUUAUCUUUUCAAUUCUAAUGUUUUUUGGUUUAGGUAUCCAGACAAGUUUGUUUCAACUGGAAUAGCAACAGUUGUAACUGGCAAGCCAACAUUGAAGUACUUAACUGCGACUCGUUCUUUAUCUACAAACUGGUGAAACCACCCGCUUGCCAACUCCGUUAUUGUGGCAGUGACUAAAGGAUGAUGGACAGUUAAAACUGAAGCACGUCACACGUUAACCGCUGAACCUUACAAUCAGAUUUACUAAAACUUUACAAGGGAAAGGGGACGUAUACUGAUAUCAGCCUUAGUACUUGAUAUCAGCUGGUAGCAUAAGUUCUUUCUGUAAUGGGGACUUGAAUGAUUGAAAAGAGAAAUAAAGUAUUCAUUAUUGGCGCGGGAAAAGUUUGCAAUAAAAGUGUUCGGGAAUCACGACAAUCCUCUAAUUAAAUUUCAAAACGAAAUAAGGAGGUGUCUUUUCAGCAUUA